AGCAUUUAAAAAUGAGUCUUUUACCUCGCACUACCGAGGAGUUCAGCUCUGCAGAGUACUGGGAGCGGUUUUUCAAGAAGCGCGGAGAGAAAGCUUUUGAGUGGUAUGGAGACUACAACAAACUUUGCGGUGUCUUGCAUAAAUACAUUAAACUACAGGAUAAGGUCCUGGUGAUAGGUUGUGGUAAUUCUGAGCUGAGUGAACAGAUGUAUGAUGUUGGUUACAAAUAUCUGACCAACAUUGACAUCAGCAAUACAGUUGUGACUCAUAUGAGCCAGAGAAAUGCUGCGCGGCGCCCAGAACUGACCUUCCAGCAAGUGGAUGCCACUCAGACGCCCUAUGAGGAUGCCAGCUACCAGGCUACUUUAGACAAGGGUACCCUGGAUGCCAUGGCAUCUGAAGAGGAAGGGGCACUGGCUAGGAAGAUGCUUACUGAGGUGAGCCGCCUGUUAAAUGUGGGGGGGCGGUACGUCUGUGUGACUUUGGCCCAGGAGAGUGUGAUUAGGCUCGCUGUGGAACACUUUGUUCAGAUGGGGUGGGCAGUGAGGCUCCACUGUCUCCACGACACUGAAAGUGAAGAGGACUCCUUUGCAUUGCCUGUCUUUGUUUUGAUUUGUACCAAGUUUCGCCAACCAUUGCCCAUGCCUAUUUUAGAGAUGUGCCUAGGUGAAGCUGGCACCCCUACUCGUCUCACACAGGUGGCUGAGCUUUUAUCAGCAGUGAGAGAGCACCAGGCAUACUCUGUUUUGAGAAAGAAGCUCCGAACCAGCACGGAUGUCGCCGCUAACCUCUCACUUACCCUGUGUCAUGCUAAGACUGGCCUUCCCAGAUAUACUCUCACAGUCCAGGAUUGCUCUGCUGGUGCCAAAGUGCCCAGGGCAAACCAUUUUGGAAUUUUUAUUGUGCCCCAAGGAAGAGAGACUGAUUGGCUGUACGGCUCCAGUGAGGGGCAGAAACAACUGAUGGCCAGUGCUAACUUCAGACGUCUGGUUAUCGUGACAAUGCACCGGAACCAGGAGUACACAGACAUGCAGGCUGUCCAGUCAGAGCUUUCACUGAUGGUGAUGGACCUUGCUCCCCCUGGUAUGCCAGCUAACCAGCAGGUGCCCUUUCUAUCAGUGGGUGGUGAGCUGGGCUGGAGAGAAGUGGUCAGCAAGGGUGUGAGUGAGCUGAGUGGGGAGUACUCUGUGGAGGAUGUGAGAGGAGAAGACGGACAGCUCUAUCGCAGACUGGUGUUCCUGUCUAACUCUGGCCUUAUCCAAUCAGAGUGCCGCCUUGUCUCCUUAAAUAAUGCAUCAAUUCAUAAGAAGAAGAACAAAAAGAAGAUAAAACAGACGGCUCCUCCAAAAACAUCCUCUACCUCCCUCUCUGUGGACAGUGGCUUCCUCUGCUGCACUCACCAUGAAGUGAUGGUGGCUGGCCUUACCAUGCUUGGAGUGGGCACACCACAGAACAAAGAUGUCCCAGUCUCAGUGCUCCUGGUGGGACUUGGUGGAGGAGGGCUUCCACAGUUCCUGCGGGACUUUGUGCCUGGUGUGAGGGUUGAGGUGGUAGAAUUAGACCCUUCUGUGCUGGAAGUGGCGAAGGAGUGGUUUGGAUUCCGACCUGAUGAACGUUUAACCGUUAUAAUUGGGGAUGGCCUCAAACACAUCAGUACCCUGGAGAAUGAAGGCGGUUGUUUGUUUGAUGUCAUCAUGUUUGAUGUGGAUAGUAAAGACAACACUGUGGGUAUGAGCUGCCCUCCUUCUGGCUUUGUAGAAACCGCCUUCCUGGAGAAAAUCCGCUGCUUGCUUACUCCAAAAGGUGUAUUCAUGCUGAACCUUGUGUGUCGUGACUCGGCCUUGAGAAAAAGUGUGCUGGAGCGAGUGCGUGGUGUAUUUCCUUGCGUGUUCUCCCGUCGGAUAGAGGGGGAGGUCAACGAGGUGCUUCUGUGCUGUCAUGAGGGAGAAGAAAGUGGGGAUAGCACCGGUGCUCUCCCUCCAUCUCUAAUCCAUGCAGCCAAGAGUCUGCAGACUGCACUAUGCACUAACAAUGCUGGAAGAAACUUCAAUCCACAUAUAGACAUUGCCGACCUGAUGAAAGACCUGAAAGUUAUAUGAGGUUGUCUGUGAUCAAGAAGAGUAAAAUAUAAUCUUUGCAGUGGUGAGCUGGAGGAAUGCAGAAACUAUGGAUGUUGAUGACUAUUGCUAUACAAUCAAAAGUAAAGAACUUUUAUCUUUAUAUUAUAUUAUAUGUGUGAUUCGUUUCCAGAUGCAACCUUUGCCCUUUUGGCUGUUUUUAGCUACUCUA